GCAAGGAUAUGGCGAAGCGCGUUCGCCUCGCCGUCGACGGGAUCCGAACUCCCCCAUCCUCCCCUUUCCGAAGACCUCUGUCCUCCGUUUCCACGAACAUCGAAGAAGGAAAAGACACCGAACGAGCAGAAGACGUCGACGGCAGCGGUGGCGGAGGACCGGAGAAUCUCGUGAAGAAGCUCCGAGCGCUCAUCCGCCGCGGCCGCUUCGAGUCCGCCCUACCCCUCGCUAAAACCCUAAUCCUCUCCCACAAAGAUGUAUUCCCUUCCCCCUUCCACCUCUUCCGAGCCCUCUCCCCCUCCCCUUCCGUCGCAAGCGUCCUUGUCGCUGCCUGCGCCGACCUCAAACUCCCCGACGCCGCCAUCGACCUCCUCUCCGCCAUCCCCGAGGGCCGGCGACGGUUUCCCUCCGUCUACUACGGCAAGCUACUGCUCGAAGCCCUAGUCUCCGCUCGGAGGUACUCGGAUGCCCGGCAUCUCUUCUCCUUGAUCGUUUCCUGCGGAAUUUCCCCUGAUACCCCGGCCUACAACAAAGCCAUCCAGUCUGCUGUAAAAUCCGGCGAUGUCGAUGGAGCUCUGGAGCUAUUGGACCGGAUGGAGCGAGUUGAUCGAAGAAAGCCCGACGCUUUCACGUACAAUGUUCUCAUCUCUGGUUUGUGGAGGGAGCGGCGAACUGGAGAUGCACAGAAGCUGUUUGAUGAAAUGGUGGAGAGGGAAAUCUCGCCAACUAUUGUCACAUAUAACAUGAUGAUUGAUGGGUAUUGUAAAGCUGGGGACUUGGAUUCUGCUUUUGAGAUCCGGGACAGGAUACGGGCUUCUGGUUUGAAGCCAAACCUCAUCACGUACAAUUCCCUGCUUGCUGGGCUCUGUGGUGCUCGCCGCAUGGACGAAACCAGACAGUUGUUGGAAGAGAUGGAGGCCGAUGGGCUUGUGCCUGAUGGGUUCAGUUACAGUGUUCUAUUUGAUGGGCAUUCAAGAUGUGGGAAUGUGGAGUCAUCGCUUGCUUUGCUCGAUGAAUCGAUGAAAAAGGGUGUGCAGAUUGAAGCCUACACGUGCAGUAUUUUGUUGAAUGGGCUUUGCAAGGACGGGAAGGUUUCCAAGGCCGAAGAGAUCUUGGAGAGGUUGACAGAAAAGGGUUUAAUUCCAGCAAGUGUGAUGUAUACUACGAUAGUUGAUGGCUACUGCCGGGUUGGGGACUUGGAGGGGGCCUUCUCUGCACUGAGACGGAUGGAGUCACUUGGGUUGAAGUCCGAUUUCAUCACUUACAGUUCGCUGAUAAAUGGAUUGUGCAAAUUAGGGAGGAUGGCCGAGGCAGAGGAGGUGGUGAACGAGAUGGUGGAGAAGGGAGUGUUCCCAACUGUAGAGAUAUACAAUUCUCUCAUCGAUGCCUAUGGGCGAGCUGGCCAAUUUGAAAGGUGCUCUGGAAUUAUUAAGGAGAUGCAAGAGAAGAUGGGGAUCAAACCAAAUGUUGUGUCUUAUGGUUCUCUGUUGAAUGGCUUGUGUAAGAAGCACAAAAUUGCUGAAGCAGAAGCCCUCUUCCAAGACUUGGUAGCCGGAGAUAUUCAACCCAGUGUGCAAAUCUACAAUAUGCUCAUCGAUGCAAAUGGUAGAGUGGGCAACUUCCAACGUGCCAGCGAAUUGAUUGGGGACAUGAAGAGGAGAGGGAUUUCUCUGAGUAUUGUAACUUAUAAUUCUCUAAUAAAAGGCCUCUGUUGCGAAGGAUUCCUAUCUGAAGCUGAAGACUUGGCGUCGCAAUUAAGAAAUGAAGGUCUGAGCCCUGAUGUGAUAACAUAUGGUACUCUAAUCUCCGCAUUUUGCAAAGUUAGCAGUACGGAGAAGGCAAUGGAACUCUAUGAAAAGAUGGAGAAGUUAGGCCUCAAACCCACCUUAGCUACAUAUCAUGCAUUAAUAAGUCGUUUGGGCAAGGAUGGAAGAAUGUAUGAACUUGAUACUUUAUAUCAGAAGAUGUUGCAAAACAAUCUGGCUCCUGAUAGGGGUGUGUACAGUGUACUGAUUGAUUCCUACAAAAAAUUUGGAUAUAAAAGAAAGGCACUUGCUUUGCAGCAAGAGAUGGAAGAGAGGGGGAUGUCACUUUGUGAAGUGACUUGCACAAGUUCAGUGAUCGACACAGGAUCAGAUAUAAGAAGAAAUUGUUGUGUUCCUGGCACUGAGAUUAAGGAUUAGCUCCAAGCAGUCUUCUAAUGCCUUUUUUAUUGUAAUCCAAGCUGAUGAGUCACCAUUCUUUUUGAGAAUCUUCUUGCAAUUUCAGGAAUAGAAUGAUAUAAUGCUUGACAGAUGGAGAAAAAAUAGCUGAUUCCACAUAUCCAGGAAAAAGUAUGCUCUGUGCAGAGAAAUGGUGAAGAGUUUCUUUUUGGCCUCUUAUUUAUCGCAGAUGUUUGGUCACCAACAGUUUUGAACGCUGAAUGCAAUAAGUGGAGCUACCUAUUGAUAAAAUGUGAGGGAGACUAUGACUGAAGAGAGCUGAAAUCUGGUGUAUGAGCUGCCCAGGUUAUGUAGGAGAGAUAUGCUUCGAGUACUUGGGAAUCUCCCGAGGAACUAGGAAUUGAUUUGCUUUUUAUUUUAUUUUACAUGUGAUAGGCCUCUUCUAAAUACAUGUCAUAUUUCUUUCUA